AUAUAAUUAGCCAGAAAAAAAAUUGUUUUUAUGCGGAAAGAAAAAUAUCAUUAACGUGUAGGAAUUGUCUGCCAUUAUUAAUUGUUUUUGUUUGCAUAUAUGCUAUCUAGAGAUAGUGAUCAGUUGUGGCUUUUUUUUUACAGAUUGGAAUCAUCAUCGUAUAUCCUCCUUAUUUGGCUUUUUUUUUGACGGCUAUACCCAUCAUCAUUGUUAACGAUCAUCAAAUAUUGCCACGACGGUCUAUUUCAUUGUUUGAAGUCGUUUUCAAUAGCUAUCAUAUCGACAGUGAUUUCUCAGGCCAAUAACCAAAUAAACAUCAAAAAUAUACAAAAUGGCGAUCUGUGCCCGUUGUAGCAAGACUGUAUAUUUCAACGAAGAGAAAAAAGCAAUUGGAAAAAGUUUCCAUAAUUCUUGUUUCGUAUGUGCCAACAAAGAAUGUAAAAGAAGAUUGGACAGUGGAAGUUUGACUGAACAUGAUAGUGAAAUAUAUUGUAAACAAUGUUAUGGCCGUUUGUUUGGACCCAAAGGAUAUGGGUACGGUCAAGGUUCUGGAACACUGUCAAUGUUCACUGGAGAGAAAUGUACUAAUGAACCGCCAACAUCAAACAUUCCAUCGACUGCUCAGGCAUUCGUCGCUCCAAAAAAAGCAGCUCCAAUUUCACAAAGUAAUGGUGGUGGAAAAGUAUUUAAAUUCGGUGGUGCAGACAUUUGUCCACGUUGUAACAAAGCCGUUUAUAUGGCCGAAAAAAUGAUGGGAGGUGGUUAUGCAUGGCAUAAAAGUACCUGUUUUACCUGUAAAGAAUGCAAUAAACGUUUGGAUACAACCACUCUAUGUGAACGUGAAAGUGAUAUCUAUUGUAAAACUUGUUAUGCCAAACUUUAUGGUCCAAAAUAUUAUGGACAUGGCCAUAUAACGGCACCGAUAGAGGCAGCAGCAGCAGCUACAACCGAUAGUCAACAAACGGUAUAAUGGAAUUUCACCAAUAUUAUAUAGAUGGUUGAAAAAUCCCCAUAUAUGGAUAAAGUAAUAUAUGAAAAAAAAAAUUUUUUUGCCAAAUUUACAUAUUUUGCCAUUGAAAUGUUAUUAACGAGUUUACAUAACUGAAUUUGACCAUUAAUAUUUUUGCCAUAAAAUUUUCAGAAAGAAAAAUUUUUUCAUUUUUAUUA